AUGCUUCAUUGCCAGACUCCACUGCCUUGGCUGUCAGAUGCUGAGAAGGCCUCUCGGAAAAUCAAGAAGGAUCAGAGGACUGCAAUUAUAAAGCAUUUACACAAUGCAGUUGCAUCGCUCUCGCUCACUCACAAUGUCACUCCAAAAUAUAUCAAUGACAUGAUCAGCAGUCAGACCAAGUAUCACACAGCACACAAGGUUACCCUGGCUAAUGCAUUAAUUCAUGCCAAAGCUAAGGAGGUGAAUAAUGGUAAGCCAAAUUACUUUGCUUUCUCUUGCAGUUAUAUUUACAUCCUAUUACAACAAGACAGCUCUAGGUAUAUAUUGCCUGAGCUGCACAAAAUGGUUGCUGAGGAUGCUGACAUGCAAGAUUUGACGAGGGAUGAGAAGGCUGCCUAUGUGGCCAUUCUUAGUGAGCACUGUGACAAAAAGGUAAGUAGUGUGCAAGCAAAUAACAUAGCUACUGCACAAGAUGUUUUGACCACAACAGAAAGGGUUGUCAAGGAGCUCAACAAUUUGCAUGUUCGGACUGGAACCUAUGGAACCCUCUUUGUUGUUCAGGGCCACAUCAAUGACACUAUUCAAAGCACGAUGCAUGGUACUGACAAUUCUGAAGACUUCUGGGAGGAUGUUUAUGAGUCUCUGAUGGCUGAUGUUCUCUGA